GGCCGCCGCCGUCGGCGCCGCACUGGCCGGCGUGCCGAUUGACGAGCUGUACAGCAGCAGCCUCAGCCGGGCGCGCGAGGUGAGUGAAUGUGCUGGGCGCAGCGAAGGAGACACAAACUAGGUCUUGCUUCCAGGGCGCACGCUAGACAUUUGGAGGCCCAAGCUUGGCGGAUCGUGGACGGAGCAGCGGCCUCCCGGUAUACCGGUGCUGACGCUCGCUUUGCCACCAGACGGCCGUCGGCAUCGCCAAGGAGCACGCGCACCUCACGGCGCCCGGCGCGCCCUUCUGGAUCGACGACCGGUUGCAGGAGCGCGGCUUCGGCAGUCUCGAGGGCAUCGUCUACGGCGUGCCGGGCGUGCGCAAGCGCGACAGCAUCGACGGCAUCGAGCAGAUGAACGACUUCAAUGAGCGGCUAGCAUCUGCUCUGACCGACAUCCUGGCUGGGCCGGCGCCGUGGCAUGCCUCGGGCCCGUCAGCGGAGAGCGUCUCGGGCUACCUCGACUCGACGACGCAGCUGCAUCCCGCCGAGGGCAGCUCGUCGAACGGACACAAGACGGCGGGCGCUGAGGACGUGCGGACCAUCGUGAUUGUCGGCCAUGGCGCUUCGAUCUCGGCGCUGCUCGGCGAAGUGCUGCUCGACGCGGGCUACGCCGCCCUCGCACCUGGCGUGGAGCGUUCGCGCGUGUGGAACUGCAGCAUCACCGAGCUCGAGCUCUCCGCCGAGGGGCUGGAGAAGCUUAAGAGCGCAGCUGGUGCUGCCUCUACGCAGACAGAGAAGCUGCAGGCGGGCCACCGGGAGCGCAAGCAGUCCUGGCUCAUCCGGCCACCACACGUGCUGCAGCAGCAGAACGCACAGGGCGAGGGCGUGGUGCCGGAGGAGCUCAAGGGCGUCUUUGUCGUGCGGCGAUGGGCCGGUGCGUAUGCUCGCCGCUCGGGGCCCGAUCGUACGCCCUGACUUGACCUCCUCGCCCCAGAUGUGAGCCACAUCGGCCCGGCGCAGGCCAACACGCUCGUCAAGAAUGCAGACGAGGAGCUCGAGAAGCAGACGCGCAAGAGCUGAAGAAGUGCAGGACUGGCCCGUCUCUCACAGAUCAACA